CAAAACAAGGAAGCGACUAAACCGCGGUGUCAGUGUCGAGUCCACACACGCGCAGAGUACACACGGAGGGCAGCACACACAGAGAGCAGCGCACACAGAGGGCAGCGCUGACAGAGGGCAGCACACACACAGUGUAGUACACACGGAGGGCAGCACACACAGAGGGCAGCGCUGACAGGGCAGCACACACACAGUGUAGUACACACGGAGGGCAGUGCUCACAGAGUUCAGCACACACACAGUGUAGUACACACGGAGGGCAGCGCACACAGAGUGCAGUACACACAGUGUAGUACACACGGAGGGCAGCGCACACAGAGUGCAGUACACACAGUGUAGUACACACAGAGGGCAGUACUGACAGAGUGGACAUUGAGCCGAGGGGCCGCAGGGAUCUCACUCAGAGACGGCCACUCGGGCGUGGUGGUUCAUGGUUUGGCCCAGGGGCCGUUCGCCCUCGUCCCCAUCAUGGAGGACGAAUCUGGACUCCAGGAGAUCUCCUGGUACCACGGGGAGCUGAGCAGGCACCAGGCGGAGGCUCUGCUCAUGUCCAACGGGGCGCUGGGCAGCUACCUCCUGCGCAAGAGCCGCGAGUCGGGGCAGCUCGCCGUGUCCGUUAACAGGUGCCAGGACUCGGUGAAGCACUUCCUGGUGAAGUGCAGCGACGGGAAGAUCAAAUUCGGCUUCAGCGAGUUCCAGUCCCUGCCGGAGCUCUUGGCGCACUUCUCCCAGAAGCCGCUCGUGGGCAGCGAGACCGGCACGCUGGUGUUGCUGCACCUGCCCUACCCGCGCCAAGUGUCGGAGCCGCAGACGUACGAGUCGGUGCGCAUCCACACGGCGCUGCACGGCGAGCCCGAGCUCCUGGAGCCGCACGCCGAUUCGUUGGCAACGAAGGAAGGCUUCCUCACCAAGCAAGGCUUCAUCAUCAAGAGCUGGAAGCUGCGAUGGUUCACGGUGUUCCGGCACGAGAUGAAGUACUACAAGGAGCCCAAGGACGCUGAAGCGAUCAAGACGCUGGAUCUCACGAGGUGCAGCGCAGUGCAGUACGACUACACGCAGGACAGGACCAACGUGUUCUGCCUCGUGUUCCCCGAGAGGACCUACUACUUAUACGCCGACUCGCCGCGGGAGACGGACGAGUGGGUGAGGCUGCUGCGCUGGAAGCUGAGCCACAUCAACCAGGAUGGAUGCAAGACGAGAUUCCUGCUGGCGAGCUAGCGCAGGGUGCGUGACGACGCGCAUCGUUCACGGGGCGUGAGCCACCCGCACGCUCGCACACGCACACAUCCAUGCGUCUCUACGUGCGUAGAAACGACAAGACGCGAAAGUGCGCUCGCUGAAUGAUGAGAGCACACUUACAAAACGAGAACGUGUGUGCAUAUUCUUUGGGACUUUCGGUAAAGUCACGUAGAUAGGUUCAAAGAAAAUAACAAAAACUACGACGCUUCGAUCGCAACACAAGCACUUCUCCUUGAAUGGCAUCGAUGAUGAAUAUGACGGGAAAAACACGUUGCCUUUGUAUUCCUCCAUGAGCCUCGCAUUUAAAACAGUAGCCAUUUACAACCUUUGUGAGUCAUUUACAACCUUUGUGAGUCCACCGUUGGAUAAAGGCUUCACCGUGCCACGUCGGUCACGUGUUGAACUUUCGCGCACCGCGCAUAGCCAACUGUACGGAUCAUGAGGGUUGUUUGACCGUACUUCUUCAUUCCACUCAGUACGGAUUGGUGAACAAGGGAAAGGUGUUCUACUAAAUUAUACUUUUUUUGUUUUACCAGGCAAGGCCCACUGAGCUAUAUAGCUCUUUUUCAGAAGCAACCUGGCCACAAACGGUAGCUCAGCGAAGUGGCUUAUCGCGUGGAAAUGCAUUGCAGCCGAAUACUCUAAACGCGUGAUGUUGAUUCUCAAUGUGGAGGGAGAAACCAGAGGUCCUGGAGAAAAUGUCACGUGACCACGGGGAGAGAGACACGCAGACUCCACAUAUACAGCAGCAGGCGUCAGGGUCGGGAUGGAACCCACGACCUCCUGUUGGUUACGCCAAGGAGUGUCCCAGAUGUCACGUGUGUGUACGUUGAACUUCUUUCGCACGGCACGGUACGUAGCCACCCGUGCACAUCGAAGGUGCGGGGGAGGGACAACAAUCUAAGCACAAAAAGCAGUUCAUAAAUAAAUGUCUUUCCAAUCUAGAUGAUGAUUUCAAAGUGCAUGGUCGCUCCAGUGGCUUCCUAAUAUUGGAAGGAAGAGCGUUCCAGACGGCCAAAGAAGCGCAUCUGAAAACGCGCGAUGGAGCGACCGUCAAAUAUUCCGUCAGUCCGUCUGUGAACACUUUUGAACGAAAAAUAUAAACUCCUAAACCCGGUCGCUGUUAAGCUCGCCACACGGUGUGACACGGGGGCUCACCGCCGGUGGUUGUGGCUGUGAAGCGAAUCGCCACGGUUCUCUUGGCGCGAGUGCUCCAGCCACCGUGUCAGCACUCGACCGCACAGGGAGCGUUGUCUGCCGGUAUUCCAAGACGAGAUCCGCUCCUGUGCGUGCGGACUUCUUCUGCGUCGUACGUAGCCGGCCGCGCCAGCCCAAGGCGGCUGCGCCUGGCCACCAUUCCGACCGCGGCCGUCAAACCCACGCCGGGGAACUCCGUCCGUCGCGGCGAUUUGCAACGGCACUCGGCUCGUUUCGGAGAGGUCCGCGACGCGUCGCGCGUGGAGCGCCCUGCGGCCACUGCUGGCCCACGGGCCCGCAACCCGCGCACGGUUGGCCACGUGCGGUGCCAAAGAAGUUCCAAUGCGCGCACGAUGCCGAUCGCCCUGCCGCACGGCGGUAGAGAGGAAGAGGCACUUGCUGGGUUGUAAUUUGUACUUAAAAGAUUGAGGCCUGCGCAGAGGGGCACCUUACAGAGCGGUUGUAUGUUCACCGCGUACAGUGACUGCCGCCCGCAACUCGUCCCGUCCAAUGAAAUGACAAGGAUGUUGUCAAAUUCGCUUCUGUUUCAUGCUGACCGUUUGUCAAGUUGGAUUUCCUUUGCACAGUAUUCGUGUUAUUUCAUCUCUUCACUUCCUGGCUUUUAUUCUGACUUCCUGGAUCUUUCGCUUGAAGACGCUUGGCGCAGUUUCAAGCGAAAUCGUCAUCGUAUUUCACCGCUUCUCAUUCUGCUUCUGAGAAUUGUUCCUCACCUUUUACCGGCAACUGAGCUGAAAACAAUCAUCAUCAUUUGUGAGCUCGACUCUUGCGACUAUUUUUAAUUUGGUUGGCUGCGUCGGCAGGUGGUGGAGGGUGUUUACGACACAAAUCGUUAAGUGGCCGGCCCCCAAAACAAUUAGUCGUGCAUCAUCAUCAUUAUUAUUACUACGAACUGUUUGGUCUCACUCACAUUAUCUCAUUUCCCCCCAAUUCCUCCCUUUGUUCUACAUCAAGCAGAUGACCAGGGCCCACUGAGACUGCGAGAUUCAAGCGAGACCCGGGUUUACUCGCCAAAUUCAACACUGAAGGAUAAAUAUAGAGUAUUACAGAGAUCGUAAAAAAAACACAUUUAAUGUGCACAUUCAUAGCCCACUUGUGAGGGUUCUCUCCCCCACUCGACCCACCUCAUAACUGGAGGGGAUGAGACUGAGGAUUGGAAGGUAGAUGAAGUCGCACGUCAGAGAUGAUAGUUAGUGACGAGGGAGAAGAGUGAAGGAUAUGGAGGAUGAGAGGCUGUGGGGGGGGCGCCGCUGUCCCAGGCUGACCGUGCUGCGUUCCCGCUACCGUGAAGGGGAACAAAAGGGAAACAAAAAGGAAACAAAAGGGAAACAAGCCCACAAAUGUAUUUGCUCGAGUGGUUUAGAAGCCCAAAUCCAGUGCUGGAAAUUCCCCAUUUGUAUGGCGGGGACAAGUUUAGCCUCAUAAAGUCAACCACUAUUGAUUCCAGGAUUUGGACUCGGAGCCUUUGAGCCACUGGGUGGACAUAGAGUGGGGGGCUGGGGUGGCUGGGGGGGUAUGAGCUGGUGGUCUACUCGGCAUCUGUGAGAACGAGCUUCAGAGCACGACCACAGUCGACUUGCUCAGGAAGGUGCCGUUCGUUUUAUCUGCCUCGCAACGAUGAUGGGCCGAGUUGGACCCGCGAGCGGGAUUUGACCUCGCGACCUUUGCGACCACGGCCGCUCGCUCUGCCGCCACGGAGCGGACGGCGCGGCAGUGGGAGACGUGAAAACGUGCACGGUCGAUAUUUAUGUGUUUUAUUUUUAGGAGAUCGCGUUCAGUAUUGCGGUGUGCGUUUGAAUUGCAGUGUUCAUUAAGCUAUACCCAUUGUGCGUGUUUUUAGUUCUGACGCCAUGGGAAAAAAUCUCCCACGCUACUCCAAUUAAAUAAGCUGUAAGCCCGGACGUUCUACACAUCUGAAGAAAGUGAGUCGUGCAGAAUAUAAGAAUGUGAUGCUCAGUUGUAUGUAUGUUGAACGUCUCUCGCAGUCGGAGGUGCGGGGGAAGGAAACGCACACAAUGUAUGCGACGCGGUGACUUUGCCGUGCAGAAGCUCAAGGUCGUGUGUCAGAAAACUUGUGUCGGAUGAGGAGAGGUCACGUGACCCUCGGUGUCCACGAAGGUGCCUCCGGUGAGAGGUGUCCCGCUGAGCCACGGCGUGUCGUGGACGCUUCGUUCCUGGAUACAAAACAAAAACAAAGGACGAUUUUGACGGACUAAAGCUUUUCGUUUUAAAGAUAUUUAUUGGCAAACUGCCUCGGGUGCAGUGUUUAUGUUGUUUAAGGCCGUGUUGCGUGCACGGCGACGCCAGGUUUUCAUCGCGGUAGUUCUAAGUAAUUGGAUUGCAGUUCAAGUGGAAGGUUCGGAGUCGUGAGUGAUUUUCUGGGCGAAGAAAUCACUUUUGACUUUUUGAUAAGGAAAUAGCUCAACAUCCCAAUGCAGGACCAGCCUGCGACAAGAGUUCUGAGACUCGUUGGGGCUUUCCGGAAUAAAUUGCAUUAUUAUUCAUGUUAUUUAAAGCUAUUGGUAAUUAAACCUUCGUGUUAUUUCGUGCUGAAUUGAGCAGUGAGGCAGUAGUCCUCUUGUGUUUAACAGUGCUGAGCUGGUGGUGGAAAUUCCACGUUCCUAUGGUGGGACGAGUCUAUCCGUAGGACGACCACUAUUGACUUCCCCACAAAGUGGUGUCCAUUGUAUCGACCCCUCUGGGAUGAUGACGAUGAUGGUAUUUGUAGUGCUCUGUAAAAAUUGCAGCAAAACCUCUCGAAAGCUGAGCUCGUGCAGACGACGGCAUUGCCGGCUGUGUGUGACCUGGAUGUUGAACAUUUGUUAAACAAUUGCUAAAUAAUAAAAUGUGCCAUUUAA